CCUCGGAGAGCGUAAGAUAAUUAUGUUGGCGGUAACUUCAGGUGUUUUCUGUCAAGAUAGAAACAGCCUUUCAUUUACAAUUUCGGAUUGAUUGUUUGGUCCGGUACCAUUAUUUUGGGCAUUCGCAGUUGAGUUGAAACUCAUCCUUUCGUAGAAUUUACUUCAGCAGCAAUCGAGUUGCUCAUUACAUUUGGAUGGUUGGUGGUUCGGUUUUAAUGACAUGGAUAUGAAAUACCUAAGGCUUACAUGAGUUUAAAUACAAAAUCAUCCAGCAGAAUCAAUGGAUGGUCGUUGCCAAUUCAUCCUUUACAAUGUCUAUCCUGGUUCGCUACUGCUCUGUUCUCGAUAAUCUACUUUGGAAUACUCGUCCCAUCUAUCGUCAUUCGAGCCAGAAUUCCUCUUUUUGUUGUAUCCUUCAUAUACCCGAUUGUGACUGAUGAGUAUCGAUCCCCAAAUAUUGUGGUAUAUGACAUGGGAAAUUUCCUUAGCUCACCUAGUGUUUUGUCUGGGUGUGAUUAACCAAGCUAAAAGCCACCUAGCACACUAAGACCGACGAAAAAUUAGCGAAAUAUUUGAUUAGUUCUUAUAAAUGCAUUUGUUCUAUUUUGUUACUUGUAUAAUCAUGGGGAGGUCAAAACUAGUUGCAAAUGUAUGUAAUAGCUGGUUGGAGUUACUUCAUAUAACAAUUCAGUCAUUAAAGCAUUCAAUGUGCAUACGCUGUGUUUAAUAAAAAAAUAUGGCAGAUGUUGGUAGACUGAAUAGGUUAAAGUAUUACAGCUAAAUGAGGUCAACUUUAAAACCUGUCGUCAUUUGCUUGUACAUGCUGUAUGCCAAUAGUGGGAUAUUUCAAUAGACGUAAAAGAGCAAUAAUAUAGGGACCCAUAGUUGCCUGCAUUGAUUAGGUUUGGGUUGCGUUCUGACAUCCCUGUUCUGUAUAAAUGUUUACAUACAAUAGUUUUAGUAAUGUUCAGGAAAAAAUAUCUUAGCUAGUGAAGACACUUUCAAAUAGUACUUUAAAUGUUAUUUUGGUUAUUAAUGUUACGUUCAGAGAUUAUUGUUAUUUAGGGACCAUUUUGUGUCAUUUCUAUGAUCCUAGUACUUCCCCCUUUCCUUGGUGAGGAGAUCAAUGCCGUGUGUAUUGCUGCUUAUAUUGUUCUUAAUAUAAUUGCGGUGAGUAUUAAUCCAGCUGAUACGGCUGUCAGAGAAAAACAAAAAUCGCGUGGAAAUAAAGUUUCCUCUUUGGAUCCUAAACAUGUACAUGUGAUUGAGAACUUUUAUUGUAAUUUGUGUGAGCUGCCAAUCUCAAGUUCCCGAACAAAACACUGCAAAAGUUGCAACAAAUGUAUCGCUGAUUUUGAUCAUCAUUGUAAAUGGCUUAAUAAUUGUAUAGGUAGUCGCAAUUAUACAUAUUUUGCUGGGAUAAUCACAAUGGCUUGUCUGUCACUUAGUAUAUCCACGAGUCUUUCUCUGUCCUUGGCUGUCGCAUAUUAUUCAGAUCGUCCAUAUGGAUAUUGGAUACAAGCAUAUCAGGAUUACUGGCAAACAUUCACCAAUGGGACCAUUGAACAUCUAGAUUAUUUAAUAAACAAUGAUGGAGUUUUCCGCAUAUUCGGUUUAAAUUCAUCUGGAUUGGUUUUCUUUAUAAUCGCUAUUGUUGGAUGUUUAUUUACUUUUUGCAUUGAUGCCUUUUUGGUGCAUCUAAUAAUCUUUCAUAUAUACUUGUAUAUAAAAGGUAUGACAACAUAUGAAUUUAUAGUUUUACAACGUCAAAAAUCUAAUCCAUCUACUGAAAAUCAAACAUCUAAUAAUGUGGAUCAAAGUAAAAAGAAAAAUCUGUUCUGUAGUAUUAAAUAUAUUGAUUUAUGUGAAAAAGAAGAUAUUGCUGAAAUGUCAUCACAGAGUCAAUCAAAUGGACCAUUUACUACAAGUAGUAAAGUUGUUUUAUCUUUACCAUCCACUGGUAAAUCAUCCGAUCAACCAAUUGUAACAGGUGAUUUAGCCAAUAAUAGCAGUAGUAUUUGCUCAGAUAGACCACAAACUAUCUCUAAUAGUAAAAUAUUUUCAGAUGGAAAAGAAUGUCUGCCUUCAAUUUCAACGUCUAAUUUCAUAUCAGAAAGUACACAACAAGAUAAUCCGGUAUAUUUAUCGUCCCUAGGCAAAAAUUCUGAUUUACCUCUUGAUGUAAAUAAACGUGAUCUAACACGGGUAGAUAGUGAUGUUUCACAAGAUUUGAGUUAUUAUAACACUAGUGGUGAUGAGAUUCUCAGCACAAGAGCAAUCACAGACGAAAUUGAGUUGAAGUCAAUCAGCCCAAGUGAUGAACUUGUUUCAUCUGAACGAAUCACCGACUCUACUAUUACACAAUCCAAUAGUACAGAAUCUACAAAUACACUUACAAAAGAGGAUGAUAGUUCAGUGAUACCUAAGGUACCUCCAGUAUUACGAAAAACAUAGCGUUAUAUUCGUAUAUAUAUAUAUAUAUAUAUAU